AUGACUCUUUGGGACUGUAUUGUAGUCGGAGGCGGCAUCGCCGGUUCCGUGGUAUCAAACAGGUUGCUUCAACAGGACCCAACCCUCAGAAUCCUGCUCGUUGAAGCUGGCACCAACACCCAUGCCGUCGAGAACAUCGAAUGGAUUGACAUGAACAAUGCCAUCGGUGGCGAAUACGACUGGGGGUUCUCCUCUGUUCCACAAACCCAUCUUGACAACCGGGAGAUUCUAUCGCCCGUCGGUAAGGGACUCGGAGGUGGUAGCAUUAUCAAUGGGGCUGCCUGGGCCCGCGGUCACAAGGUUGACUAUGACAUCUGGGCCGAGAGAGUUGGCGACCAAAGAUGGAGUUACGAAGGUCAACUUCCGUACAUGAAGAAGACUGAGUCGCUUUUUGACAACUUCACCAACCCCCUUUCUCACGGGCACACUGGCCCUGUCAAGGUCCAGUCACCAGGAUCCACUGGUCGCGUUUUUCCUCUCCGCGAACCCCUACUCGAGUCUUGGAAAGAGCUUGGAAUCGAUGCACUCCCUCAACUGGACAACAAUGCCGGAAACAACCUUGGUGUUGCAGACCUUCAGGAGAACAGGAACCAAGGAAAACGCCAACUUGCUUCGCUCGUUUACUCCCUCAAAGGUAUUACGGUUCUGACCGAUAGCUUGGUAGCCAAAGUCCUGGUGGAGAAGCAUCCAAAGGAUGGUCAUCUCGUCGCUCGUGGAAUUAGGCUUGAGAACGGGACCGAUCUUUUGGGACGAGAGACCAUUCUGUCUGCUGGCGCGUACCGCACGCCGCAGAUCCUGAUGCUUUCAGGCAUCGGUCCCGCGGAUACCUUGGAGAAGUUUGGUAUCCCCGUCCUUCUGGAUCAACCAGCGAUUGGCCGGAACUUUCACGAUCACGUUCUGAUCCCUACGAUCUGGCAAUUGAAGAACGCAUCAGCAGGAUACGCCAAGGAGUCCGGCAAUCCCGUUUUCAACCAGUCUCAAUACGCACUAGGGGCUUUCAUCGAUUUCAUGACGGUCACUUCUCUCGAGAAAGAAGGUCUGGCUAUUGCCAUUGCCGAAGACGAGGGAUCGGUCCCUGAUCCCGCUGUACAUCCGUUGCUGAAGCAAGAUCGCGCUCAUUCAUCACACUUGCUUCAGUACUCGGGGGUUUCCGCGGAUGGUUCAGCCAUCUUGAUGAUUUCGGUUGUCUUUAUCAACUCUGCCCGAGGUUCUAUCACUAUCCAAUCCUCCGAUAUCAAGGAUGCACCACUCAUUGAUCCCAACUUCUUGGGUACUAACGUCGACCGCUAUGCUGCUAGGGAGACCAUCAGACGCAACAUCAAGUUGCUGACUUCUGAUGAAACUAUCAUGGGAAGAGAGGUGGUGGCGGGCGAGCUGGCGGCAGAGCCAUUGACACUGAAUUCCACAGACGAGCAGAUCGAUGCCCGGGUGCGCGAGAUGGCAGGGGGAUGCUACCAUCCUGCAGGCACAGCCUCCAUGGGUACUGUUGUGGAUACAGACUUGCGCGUGAUUGGGGUUUCGGGUCUUCGUGUUGUUGAUACUUCAGUGUUUCCUGUCUCCGUUUCGGCCAACCUACAAGUGGCUGUCUACGCUCUAGCAGAGCAAGCUGCUGAUAUCAUCGGGUCAACGAUGAAGAAGUGCUAA